GGUGUCGGGCCGUUCACGAGCGGCCACGUUGCGCGGCUCUGCGUUUAUCAGCCCGUAUGGCCGAAAAUAAUGGAGUACUCCAAGUAUGUUUUUUUCUCCCCAGAAUUCAGUGAGCCUCUCUAGCUCUCUGGAUCGCCGGAAAAAUCUUCGAGUUUCCGUUGGAUAUCACGUGACAAGAGCAAGCCGUGAAGUGAAGAGAGUGUUGCUGAACGGGGCGCCCUAGAACGAGAUGUGGAAAACGCUCCAUCUCGUGGCUCGCACGUCAGCUCGGGAUAUCGCUGCGUUCUGGAAAUUCGGCAAAUAUGUCACUUUCAUCCGCUAUGUCAACUUUCGUCAAAAAACCGUUCCGAUGUGGUUCCGGGAGAAAGCGAGCAAGGUCCCGCAAAAGACAAUGUUCAUCUAUGGCGAUCGGAAAUGGUCGUUCUCAGAAGCGGAACAAUUCACGAACAAAAUCGCGAAUUACUUCAGCAGCCGCGGUCUCAAAGCCGGGGACGAUGUCGCGCUCAUGAUGGAGAAUCGUCCCGAGUCAGUCCUCAUCUGGCUCGGCCUCUCGAAAAUAGGUGUCGCCUCAGCACUGAUAAACACGAAUCUCCGCGGCGACCCUCUACUGCACUGCGCCAAAAUGGUGAAUAGCAAAGCUGUGAUCUUCAGUCCUGAAAUGGCAUCCCAGAUCGCAGAGAUCUCCAGCAGCCUAGAGGGUACUUUAAAUUCGAAACUAUACCGUUUCGGAAGCCCACAGCACCAAGAACGCGGGGACAAAAUGGUUGGAUACGACGUCUCUCCCGACAUAAUGGGCUGCUCAUCCGAGCAUCCUGAAUUCCAUGGAAAACUAAGUGAUUGUCUCCUCUACGUUUACACGUCUGGAACGACUGGACUCCCGAAAGCGGCUCGCUUACGGCAAUCUCGUUUCUUCUUGACGUCGGGAGCUUCUCGAUUCCUGGCCGACUGGAGAGAUGACGACGUCUCUUAUUGCUACCUGCCGCUGUAUCAUUUUGCGGGUGGAGUCAUGCAGAUGUCUCAGACCGUGCUCUUCGGGUUGACAGCCGUCAUCGUUCCCGGUUUUAGCGCGACCAACUUUUGGAAAGACUGCAUAAAACACGAUUGCACCGUUACGCAGUACAUCGGAGAAGUUUGCCGAUAUUUGUAUCUACAGCCAGGAAAACCUGAAGAUCGGCAGCAUAAGAUCCGUAAUAUGGUCGGCAACGGCAUGAGGAAAGAAAUGUGGAUUCCUUUCCAGCAACGAUUCGGCGUCAAGUAUAUCCGAGAGAUCUACGGCGCGACGGAGAGCAACGGCAACAGCAUGAACCUCGAUGGGACUCCGGGCAGCGUCGGCAUUUACCCGACGAUUUGCAGGCUCAGUACGAGGGUAGCGAACCUGUUCUAUCACCGUUUUAUCAUCAAAGUUCAUCCGGAGACCGGAGAACCCUUGCGAGGCCCCGAUGGUCUCUGCAUUCUCGUGGGGCCGAAUGAGCCGGGAGAAUUCGUUGCCGAAAUCACGCGCAAGCCCGAGGGCCAGUUCGAUGGCUAUACUGACACGGAAUCCACGGAGAAGAAGAUUUACCGCGACGUCGUACGGAAAGGCGACCGAUGCUUCGCUUCGGGGGAUAUUCUAUUAUAUGACGACGACGGCCACUUGUUUUUCAAAGACCGUACUGGAGACACGUAUCGCUGGAAGGGUGAGAACGUCUCGACCGCCGAGGUCGAAGGUGUUGUGAGCAAGUACGCGAAUCACUUCGAUUGCGUUGUGAUAGGGGUGGAGAUACCGAACUGCGAGGGUAAGGCUGGAAUGGCCACCAUCAUCGACCAAGAUCAAGGAGUUGACCUCCAAGAAUUAUUGAAGAAGAUCUCAAACGAAUUGCCAUCUUAUGCGCUGCCCCUCUUCAUAAGGCUGACGAAACACAUUGAAACAACCGGGACGUACAAACUGCAGAAGACGAAACUAGUCAAAGAAGGUUACGAUAUCAAGUCUGUCUCGGAUCCGAUUUUCUUCCUCGACAUGAAGUCGAUGAAGUAUGUCAGAUUAACUCCGGAACUCUACGAAAAGAUUCAGAGCGGCCAAGUGAGGCUCUGAAUCUUGCCGCUGGAGCCCGCGAGUAAGGUUCACGCACCGUUCCCAAACCAGGGAGAUAUAUCCGCCGAGUACAGGCACUCCAAAUCGACUCGCCAUUCCAUCUCUCAAUUGUGCCAUUUUAAUUUUUGGAUGAUACGGACAGGCAGUGGCGUACCUAGAACAUAUAUCCAUGAGAAUUCGACCUGGAGGCCGAAUGCUCACGGACGUAUUUUCUAGCUAUGCAACUGCUGACAGGAGAAUCUGUAGCAGAAGAUCGUCACUGGGUGUAUUUCAUUGUUCAUUCAAUAAAGCAUGUAUAUACAU